UAAAUUGAUGAUCUAUAAUCCGAAAUCGCCAAAGUCCCGACGAGUCUGGAUUAAAGACUUUGUACUGUAUAUAGUAUAUAUUUUAAGAAACAUGCUAGCUGUUGUAAAGUUAUAAUGAUUUCUGUGUUUCACAAGUAUUAUUAAUGUAUAUUAAAUAUUUAGUACUUUUCAUUUGACAGGAACUUGAUUAUAGUAGUAUGUUAAAGCACCAGCUGUUGUAACCUGUUGUAGAUGUAACCAGCUAUAUAAUAGUGCUAUUGCAAAUCAAUGAGAAGAAUGUACACCAAGUAAUUUUUUUUCCGACAUUAUCAGUUGCUUUUUUUUUUUUUUAUGAAAGAAUCAAUGUGAAUAACUCAUUGUGGCAGAUGUUAAAAGCAAACUGUUAGAAUUAAAUUCAUCUGAGACAAAUGUGCCAUCUGUGCUGAAAGACGUUCUGAAGACUAUAAAAUGAAAUUGUAUCAAACUGCUUUGGUAAUAAAGGAUCAUAGCUUAGAAGAAAGGGUUAGAGAGUAGACGGUAUUUCAAAAGUUUGCACAUUUCUUUUCUGAUUGUUGUUCUGUUUGUUUACCUCUGGUGUAAAAUAAUGUAAUUUAAGCUUCUGUAUUUAUCCCCUCUUUUCCUAUUUAAUAAAAUAACCUUUUUUUUUUUUUUUUUUUAUGAAGCAAUGUACAUCAUUAAAAGGUUGCGCUUCUUAUCUCUUCUUGCUGUUCUCUAGUUAGAUUUUGCAUCAGCAUCUACACAUAGCAUCCUAUUAACCAAAAAGGAACAAAAAUUGCUUUUUUGACAUAUGCCCUAUUGCAAUAAUAAAGAUGAUAUUUAUAUCUGUAAAUCUUAGAUUGAAAGAUGAUACGUGGGGAGCAUUUAGAAGACUUAAACAAGAUCAUUUUCAAAUCUGUGAAAUCCAUAAUUCAUAAUUUUAGCAAGAAAAAUAGUAGAAAAUUGGAAUUAUACCUCCUUUAUCAAUGAAAAACUGGAAAAAUUCUUAUGAAUGGCCAUAUUUUGUAUUAAUUUGAAGCAUAAAUUAUAUAAAAUACCUACAUAUAUUUAUAAGUAAUAGAUAGUAAAAUCUAAAAUUUUGGGCAGCCUGUCAUAGCAUAAGUAUGAAACUAGUUUGCCGUAGCAAUACUGUUUGAAGUGCUGACCUCCAUGUCCGUCCUGAAAUGCGACAGCGGGGACAACGAUGUCUUCUACAUCAUAGCUUGCCUGCAUAUCAAUUCUUAAAGGUCAGAGUUUCUUGUCGGAAAUUGUGUUUUCAUGCCUUGCCUAUUCACCACCUUGAAGUACUUAGCUUCGUGCACUUUGAACUGUAAAUUAAUGCGAGAUGAAACAAAAUCUGUAAGGAUGCUGACUUGUGUCAAUGAGCACUGAAGAAAGCAUUAUAUGAGGUCUCAAAACUUACAACAAUCUUUCUAGAAGUUUUACUAAUGCAUGCAAAAAAAUUUAACAUCAUGAAAUCACUAGUUUCCUAGCAAUAAAUGAAAUUUGUUAAAUUACUGAAACACUGUGCAGCUUUAACUCCCUACCCCUUGUGGUUUUUCAGCAUAAUUUGUCAUUAAAUUUUAUUUGAUCUGAAUUGCCAUAAUUUAUUGUACACAUUUUUAGAGCUUUUUAUGAAGAUUCAGUCAGUAUUUAAUCAAUAAAUAUUUAUAUAUAAUUUUGUUUUACAUUAAUAAAUAAUACAUUACUAUGUUUAUUAACACAGUAGUAUGUACAUUAAUUAUUAAUUUUAUUUUCAUCAUAUUUAAAAAAGGUGUGAAUAAAUAAAAAACUUCUUUUUCUAUUAAGGAAGUCUUCUAAGUCUAGAACUGUAAAAACUUUGAAAAGAAAUUAGUCAAAAAACAAAAUUUUAAAUAUCUAAUUAAAUAUUAAUAUAUUUUACAUCAAAAUCCUAGUAUCACUAUUUUAUUAAUUUGAUUCAUUCAUUAUAAAAUGAAUUUCAGUCACUUUGGAGUUGUGCUGGAGUUUCUGUCAGCUUGGAGAAAUGCUGUAACCGCAUAGCACGAGAAAUUUACAGUUCUUCAUAGUUCAAGUUUGGCAGUUAUGGGAUUAGUAUGUUAAACAAUUUACAGUAAGAAAUUAUGUGCUAAGUUUAUGAACUUUUGGAUCCUGUUGUGUGUGAAUUUUAUUUAUUUAUUUUUAAAUGAUACAUUUUAUCUGUUUUUAAUUUAUUUCGUUUGAAAAUUUGUAGUCCCUAUUAUCGAAAAAGUCUUAUGUUGAUGCAUUCCACUGUCAUAGGCAAAUAAACUAUCUUAACUUUUGAUGUCACUGUUUCUAUCUUUUUAGGGAUAAGUAAAUACACCAAUAAAUUCUGUACAUUUAACUUGCCAGUGAGAUGUUAGGAAUUGUAAAAUUCUGUAGUUUUAUGAAUGUAAUUUUGUUGUUGUUGUUGUUGUUGUAUGUGGUAUGGAUUUACUACUGAAUCAAGUGCCUAUUUUACUAUUAUUAUUUUUUUAAUUUUUAUGUGUUUUCCAUAAAUCUCUCAGCAAUCUUUUUUUUUUUUUUUUUUUGUUUAUGGAUAAUAGACAUGUGCAUAUAUAAAGUAUUUUGUUUAUUUAAGGGUUCCAGUGUUUUAUAUGCUAUACAUACUUUGCGACCAGUGGAUUACUAUCUCGCCACAUAUCAAAACAUGGAUUUAAUAGUGCUUCAAAUAUGUAUGAAUGCAGUAUGUGCAACUACUCUUCAUUAUUUGCUGGCAAUCUUUCACGGCAUUACAGAAUUCACACAGGGGAAAAGCCAUAUCAGUGUAAAAUGUGUUCUAGACGGUUUUCUGAUCGAUCAAGUUUCACAAGACAUUCUAAAACUCAUGCAUUCCAUUUCUGUUUUACAGAUAAUCCAAGCACUGUUAAGAAUAUAGUUUCUACUACACUUUCUUCAGAAGUUCGCUAUGGAUUUAGAGAGCAGACUACCACUUCAUUUGAAGUUUUUCAUCAUGGUUAUUACACUUACAGUUCAAAACAAUUACAUGAUGCUUUGCCACCUAAUUAUGUACAGUCUGCAAGACGACCAUUUAAAUGUACAGUCUGUGGUAAGGCUUUUACACAAAAAGUUAAUCUUCAGAGGCAUGUGAGAAUUCAUACUGGUGAGCUACCUUUUCAUUGUGAUAUAUGUAAUCAGAAAUUUCGGCAACAGAGCAAUGUAACUCAGCAUAAAAGAACCCAUCAUCCUAUAGCGGAAUAUCCGGUUGUACAGUCAAAAGUCGUCAAUCCGGACACCCAUAAUACGGAAAAGUAUGGAGAAAUUUGCUUUCCUCUAAAUGCAGUUUUUGUGUUGUUUUGUCUGUUGGUGGAUCUUGCAGGUAGUUUCAUGUAUGGAUCUGAAAUAGCAUUCUCAAGUGGAAAAGUACUAAUUCAGUCUGGUUCUAAACCUUUUUGUGACAGAGUAAGCACAAACAAAGCUCCAUCUAAUUCUGCUGAUUUUGAACACAGUGGUUCUUUUGAUCUCAUUUUCCCUCUUUCUUUAGCUGUUGUUCUUAGGCAAGAAUAUCCAAUGUUUUAUAUAAUUACAGAACAAGAUAAUGAAAGUCCAAAUCAACAAAAGCGUCAUUUCUGUUGUAAAUUUUGUUCAUAUUGUACAAAAAAUAGGCAACAUAUGCUUUACCAUGAAGUUAAACACACUGGAGCUCGACCUUUCCAAUGUUUACUGUGUCAGAGAGCAUUUUCAGCUAAAAGUAGUUUACGACGUCAUGUUUUAUUGAAUCAUGAUGGUGAAAGACUCUAAUUACACUCUUUGUGUUUAAAUGUAGUAGUUGUGGAACAGAAUUUUGUUUUAUUUGUUUGUAAUAUGAAUGUGCAGACUUUUAAACCUUUUUCUAAACAUUGUAAUAUAUAUUCUGUGAAAUCCAUUUUUAUGAUGUCUCAAAAUACUAAUCAAUGUGCUUGAAUGUCAGAAUUAAUUUAUAUUAUUGCAUGCCUAUUCAAAAAUGUAAAAAUUAUUUCCUAAUCUACUGUUCCUAUUUAAAAAUAGCAGUAAAUUGCUGAUUUGAAAAUGAGGUGAGGUCUUUAUAGUUAUUAUAUUGCCACCGAAUUAUUUUCUAUCAAAGAAGAAAACUGAAUGAAAUGAAUUUUGCUGCAUUUAAUUGGAAUGUUUAAAUAUAUGGGGGCAAUACUAGGCUUUUCAUGAUGAUCAUUUAAGCCUUUUUGAAACUUCUACAUAGAAUAGUUCUAAUAGGAUUUCUUUUCAUUGGUGAUCAGUUAUUAUUAGCUUAUUUUUAAGUAUAUAUUAGUUUGAAUGCUUUUUGUGCUUUUUGUCUGAUAAUAAAUAAAGUCCUCGCCCCUAACAUAAGAGGAAAUUUUA